AUGGAUGACAUGGGAGCAAUUCACUUUGCGGCCCAAAAGGGUCAUUUAGAGGCUGUCCGCAGUCUGGUUCAAUCAGGAGCUUCCAUCAAAGCAUUCACGAGAAAGGGACUUACUCCACUCCACUACGCUAUCCAAGGUUCACACCUGGAGCUAGUCAAGUAUUUGAUUAAAAAAGGUGCAGACCUUAACGUGAAGACGAAGGCUGGAAGGACCCCUCUAGAUAUUGCGGAAAAAGAGGAUAUACGCUUGUUCCUUGAAGAAUCCGAACGUUCCUCAAAGACAGAGAACACAAAUCCUAAAAUGAAGGCUGGUGGCCAGUCAGAUUCCGAGCCAUUGGCUGAAAAAGAUAAACCAGACGAAUCCAAUCCCGAAGCUGCUGCUGCUGCUGCUGCUGCCAGUGAGCAAGAUGAGGAGGGGCAAGAAGAAGGGGUUAAGAGGAAAGUUGAAUCCAAGGGAGAUAAAGGGGAAGCUGCAGUGCAUCCUGUGACAAAACGCCCGCGAGUAGCACUUAACCAUCUUCACACUGCGGAUGACACUGAAGAAGAGGAGACCUAG